AUGAACGCUCGAGACUACGCCAAAAACCCCUACCUGCAGAGACAGUGCACAAAUCUCCUAAAGGAAAAAGUUGAUGAGGAGAUUGUUGAGAAGUUUGACGUGAAAAGCCUUUCUUCUGCUUCAGACGCCAUUUGCGUUGCGGACUUGGGAUGUGCAGCUGGACCAAAUACCUUCAUAGCCAUGAAUAAUGUAAUAAAAGUUAUGGAACAAAAAUACCAAAUACAAUGCCCUGAUUCUCAAAUGCCUAGAUUCCAAGUUUUCUUUAAUGAUCUCGCCUUGAACGAUUUCAAUAUCCUCUUCACCUCUUUGCCACAAGAUAGACAAUAUUUUGUAGCUGGAGUUCCAGGAUCAUUCUAUGAGCAAUUGUUCCCAGACUCUUCUAUUCAUUUUGUGCAUACUUCUUAUGCAAUGCAUUGGCUUUCUAAGUUGCCAAAGGAGCUACAAGCUUGGAACAAAGGGAGGAUUCACUAUACCAAUGCCCCCCAUGAAGUUGUUAAUGCUUAUUCUAUUCAAUUUGCCAUGGACGUGGAAAACUUUUUAAAAGCUAGAGCUAAAGAACUUGUGGCCGCAGGGAUGAUGAUUAUAAUCAUGCCUGCAUGUCAAAAUGGGAUGCCCUAUUCUAGUCUCCCUGCCGGUGUCAUGUUUGAUGUUAUGGCGUCCAGUCUCAUGGAAAUGGUGGAAGAGGGAUUGAUUAGCGAAACUCAAGUGGACUCCUUGAACUACCCUUGGUAUGCUGCUUCCUCUAAGGAGAUGGUAGAGCUGAUAGAAGGAAAUGGGAGUUUUAGCAUUGAGAGAAUGGAACUAACAGUUGCAUCAACAUUCAUUAGAGGCCGAAUCAACAUAAAAGAAUGGACAACACACUCAAAAGUCACAAUGGAGGGACAUCUCUUGGAACACCUUGAAAUUGAGGUUAUUGAUGAAAUGUUUAAUCGUGUAAUUAUCAAACUUUUAAAGUGUUACAAGCAUCUAGAAUCAACACUUAAGAAUGCACUUCAACUACUUCUUGUUCUAAAGUGUAAGUAA